UACACGUAGAACCACCAACAGGAGUGAUGAUGAUUGUGUUGAAGUUCCACAAAUCCACACAAGCAUGGAAAAUCAUUGCACCAGCAGUCUGUCGGAAAGUCCAGACCAAGAUGGCAACCCUGGCACUUGCACCAAUGACGACGAUGUCGGCUGUGUAAAAAGCCAUCCAGUAGACCAGGGUGAUUGCCUUCCUGGCACAAGUGGCACAGGCAGUCAUAUUGGACGUUCCCUUGUGAGAACUGCCAGCCCUGCCAACAGUAGUCAGGAGGACUACUCUUCAUAUUUAAGACUUGUGUCAAUGAUUCCGGAUGAGCCUUCAGAUGAUGAGGAGUUAAACCAGGCUAUUGCUGCCAGUAUGGAGACUCCAAUUACGGAACAAGUACCUGUUCAAGAAAUACUGCUGGAGCUUUCAAGCAAGAUUAACACACAGCAGCACUGCAAAUUUAACAUCAAUCGCGCUGCUGUUUGGGAGGGAGCCGUGCGGGGAUUCCGAAGGGUAUCCUACAACCCCAACUCAGCGAUCUGGGUUAAAUUUUCUGAUGACAUGGGAAAAAAUGAAGAAGGAGUAGAUUUGGGUGGACCAAAAAGGGAAUUCCUGAGACUGCUGAUGGAAACCAUUGUUGUGUCCCCUAUGUUUGAAGGAAAAGAAAAUAGCAAGAACCUGGCUUUAAACAGCACUGGUGGGAAUAAUGUCUCUGUCUGUCUAUCUGAACUGUUACGUUAACGGUUAAUGUAUUCUUUUUUUCAAUUUUUUUGCAGCUUUAAGGGAGGACUGGUACUACACAGUUGGGAGAGCCAUAGCAGUGAGCUUGGUGCAUGGUGGUCCACCACCAAAUUUCCUUUCACCUACUCUAAUUUCUCUUUUGGUUGAUGGUUCUGCAAAUCCGGCCCUAGAAGAAAUAGCUGACACCGAAUUGCUUGAAAAAGUGAAAAAUGUUUUUUUUUUUUUUUUUUUUUUAAUUGUUUCUUGGUGGAUUGGUUAACAGGCCUUGUUGCUUUAAGUCAGAGAUCUAAAUCAUUUUAGUCUAAGGUACUCAGCACUAAAGAUUUAGUGCAUUUUUUUUAAUGUUAUUUAAUUUUAAGAUAUGCUUAUUUUCAUUUCAGUAGAAUAAUUUACAAAGCAAUGUAUCUUUCUCAAUCACUAUAUUUAACAAUUGAGUGCUGGGAAAAAAUUACUUUGAGCUUUAUGUCCUAACAUUUCAAAGCAAUCUAUUUAACGAUCUAUAUACCUUGUCUUUAUUCAGUUUAAAAAAAAAAAAGGAAUGUCAAUGUUCUUAGAUUAAGUUAAACAACUACUUUGUAGCCAAAGUAAUACAUUAAUUUCCACUCUUCAUAAUUCUAGGUGUCUGAGAGUACAAACAUAGAGGAGCUUGAGAAGUCCCAGGCAGUCUUGCUCGAUUACUUGGCCAAUGCAGGAUGUCUGAGGCAGAUGCAGUCAUUAAGACACAGGGAUCUGUUGGUGCAGGACAUUGUCAUGUUUCAGGUCAUUCACAGGGUUCAAGUCCCAUUUCACAGGUUUUGUGAAGGACUGACAACUCUUGGGGUUCUACAAAAAAUCAGGAGACACCCAAACUCUUUUCGUCCCGUUUUCUGCUAUCAGCCAUGCGUGAUGACGGCUGAUCAGAUGGAGAAUCUCUUCAGCAUCCGCCUGUCCCCAGAAGGGAGCAACAAGACAGCUGCUGAGGAAACAGUUGUCACAUUCUGGAGAGACUAUCUCCUGGAUGCUGAAGAACAAGAAGGGCCAUCCAAACUGCAGAAGAUCUUGGCUUUUGCAACUGGAGCCUCUGUUGUGCCAGCCAUCGGCUUUUCCCCAACUCUUUCAGUGCAGUUCAUGCACAAUGAAGAUGAUGACUUUUUCUCAUCAAUGUUUCCUAUUGCAAACACGUGUGUAAACUGCAUCAAGUUGCCACUGUAUACAUCAUACCAGCUCUUCAGGGAGAAGUUUGAUUUUGCUCUAGGGAACACACAUGGAUUUGGAAGAGCAUAAACAGGCCUGCGCUAACAAUUAGUUUGUGUCCAUCUUUUCUGGUUGCAAUAGUUGAGUUGCACAGUGUUUUGAAAAGUGCUAAAUGACAGUUUUAAAUUUUUUAAUUGUGCUGUCUUGUUUUUAUAAUAAGUUAUU